CUUCAUUCCACCAUUUCUCUUUCUUUUUUCUUAAAGAGAGAGAGGCAGAUAGAAUAGACCCAUUGGAAUAACUGAUGUGAAUUGAUGGUUGGACCCAUCGGCAUAAGUGGGCACGGCAUCUCACGAUGCUCCGUGCGCGCACCUAUGAGGGUAUGAGUCGUAUGACCGAGAGAGAGGGAGAGGGAGAGAGAGAGUUUGUGGGAGUGAGAAUCUGUGCUCACCAUGUGUUUGUUCAACGGUCUCAAAGAGAGAAAGAAGGGACCCACGAAGCACCAAUGCCUUUUUGGAGAGCAAACAGCGACAAGGAGUCUCAGCUACUUAAAUAAUUAAAAGGUGAUGAAGUCUACUCCACUGGAAUUUUUUAUUUGGUUUGGUGGCGUUGAGUGGAUUGAGUUUGAUUUGUUAAUUUCCUCUUAUAUUUAUGAUCGCCGGCGAUGCGAACGCCGGUUAGUGCCGCUAGGCAAUGCUUAACAUCCGAGGCCGCGUGCGCGCUCGACGAGGCCGUUGGCGUCGCUCGCCGCCGCGGCCAUGCUCAAACCACCUCUUUACAUGCCGUCUCGGCUUUCCUCGCGCUGCCCUCCUCGUCGCUGCGCGAGGCAUGCACGCGUGCUCGCAGUUCCUCUUAUUCUCCUCGCCUUCAGUUUAAAGCUCUCGAGCUCUACUUCGGUGUUGCACUCGAUCGUCUCCCUUCGUCUCAGGCCCUUGAUGAGCCUCCCAUAUCCAACUCUCUCAUGGCUGCCAUCAGACGCUCUCAAGCGAAUCAAAGGCGGCACCCCGAAAGCUUCCACUUCCAUCAGCAACAGCAGCAGCAACACACUUCGCUUUCGUGUGUCAAAGUUGAGCUUCGGCAGUUGACAUUGUCAAUUCUCGAUGACCCUGUUGUUAGUAAGGUGUUUGCGGAAGCGGGCUUUCUUAGCUGCGAUAUCAAGUUAGCGAUUGUUCGCCCACCACUGCCGCUCAUUCGUCAUCCUCGUCGGUGCCCCCCAAUCUUCUUAUGCAAUUUAACUGGUGGAGAUUCUGAGCCUGGUCGACGGAGUUUCAGUUUUCCGUUCCCGGGUUUCGCUGGGUUUUCUGGGCAUUCGGGAGUAGAUGAUAAUUGCACGAGGAUAGGUGAGAUUCUUGCGAAGAAGACUGGGAGAAAUCCAUUGCUUGUGGGUGUUUUCGCUCACGAUACGGUUCGGAGUUUCGCAGAAUGUGUACAGAGAGGAAAAGCAGGUGUUUUGCCUGCUGAAUUACCUAGAUUGAGCUUCAUUUGUAUUGAGAAGGAGCUUUCAGAGUUAUUUUCUGCCAUUGGGAGUGAGGAUUCUCUGGGUUUGAGGUUUGAGGACUUGGCUCAUUCAGUAGAGAGUUGUUCUGGGUCGGGCGUGGUUGUUAACAUUGGAGACUUGGAAAGAUUCAUUACUGACGGCUCGAUUGAUGCCGUGAAUUACGUAGUUUCCCAAUUGACAAAGCUGCUGGAGCUUCACCAUGGGCACUUGUGGUUGAUCGCGGAAGCAGCAAGUUAUGAGAUAUAUCUGAAGUUCCUAAGAAGGUUCCCUUCUAUAGAGAAAGAUUGGGAUUUGCAACUCCUGCCAAUCACCUCUCUCAAACCUUCCAUCGGUUCCAUGGGAGGACUCUACUCUAGACCCAACAGCUUGGAUUCGUUUGUUCCAUUUGGUGGGUUUUUUCCUACACCAUCUCAUCUGAAGGGACCAUUAAGCAGCACAUAUCAAUCUGUACCUCGGCUGCAUACAGCUGAACUGAACAUAAAUGAGGGACUGGAUAUUGCAAAGGCCGGAGAUGAUGGGUUGAUAUUGAAUUCCAAAAUCUUGGGGCUGCAGAGAAAAUGGAAUGAUAGAUGCUUGCAUCUUCACCAGAGCUGUGGAAAGGCUGAUGAGAAUGCUUAUCAAGCUGGAUCUCAGAGUCUUCCAACUUUCGAGGGUUUUCCAUUUGUUGUAGAUGGUAAAGAAAAACUUGAUGAUCACAACGGCAACAGUAAAAAUGCCUCCCUAAAUGAAGGUGGAUGUAAAGAUGUUAUUCCUCCCUUGUCUAUGAACUUGGAAAGGGUUUCCACGCCUGAACUGAGCAUGCCCAUUUCAGUGGUUCCAAAAUGCAAGAGUGAGAACUUCCUUUCCACACUACAGGUAACACCUUCAAAGAGUGAACACCUUGAGGCGGAGGAUGUCUGUUCCCCCGAAGGCACUCCGUCGAGUUUAAACAUGCCAGAUGGUCAUGCAUCAUCUUCUUCGGCAACUUCUGUGAUGACAGAUUUAGGGUUGGGAUCACUUUAUGCAUGUACAUCUAAGGAGCCAAAAAAACCAGCAUGUCUAUCUCUUAAAGAACUUCUGCAGGAUUGUUCUGGUUGGUCUCCUACUGAGAUUGAUGUGGACAACAGCAGUAUUUCAAACCCUCCUGCCCAGUCUCCCUCCUACCCUGGUCCUGAUCUGAGCCGUGAUUUUGAUCCAACAUAUUUCAAGAACGUGUGGAGAGGUCUUAUGGACAAGGUUGGCAGGCAAGAUGAAGCUAUACAUGCCAUUAGUCAAACUAUAGUCCGCUGCAGAACAGAAGGUGAAAGACGUCGUGGGGCAAACCGGAAAGGAGAUAUAUGGUUCAAUUUCCUUGGACCUGAUAUAGUUGCAAAGAAGAAAACUGCCUUGGCCCUUGCAGACAUAAUAUUUGGCAGUGAGGAAAACCUUAUCUGUGUGGAUCUAAGUUCCCACUGUAGCAGCCAUCCAAACAUGAUCCUUGAUCGUCAUGAAAUGAAUAAUUAUGAUGUGAAGUUCCGAGGGAAGACAGUUGUUGAUUACAUUGCUGGGGAGUUGAGCAAGAAACCCUUGUCAGUUGUCUUCAUUGACAAUGUAGAGAAGGUUGAUAUACUAGCCCAAAAUAGCUUGUCCUCUGCUAUUAGGACUGGUAAAUUUUCAGACUCACAUGGAAGAGAAAUUGGCAUAAACAAUGUGAUCUUUGUGACAGCCUCAAGAGUUACAAAGGGUAUGAAAACCUUCUUUUCUGGUAAGGAACCCUUUAAUUUCUCGGAGGAGAGAAUUUUAGGAGCUCAAUGCCGGCAAAUGCAAAUUUUUAUUGGAGGUGCUCGUGAUCAUUCCUCCAAAAGCAAUAGUUCAAAUGUAUUGGUGACUCCUAGGAAAGGCAUCUCUGGCUUGUUUGUGAAUAAGCGGAAACUGAUUGAUUCUGGUGACCCCACCAUGCAGCAAGAAGCCUUGGAGACAGCCAAACGGGCCCACAGACCAUUAACUAUAAAUCUAGAUUUGAAUCUGUCUUUUGAAGAGUUGGAGGCAAAUGAUACCGAUAACAGAAACUAUGACAGUGAAGCUGUAUCUGAGAACUCAGAGGCUUGGUUGGAAGACUUUUUUGAUCAAAUGGAUGAAACGAUCAUUUUCAAGCCUUUUGAUUUUGAUGCCCUUGCUGACAAAAUAUUGAAGGAGAUCAACAAGAGCUUCUGCAAGACAAUUGGGUGUAAUGGUCUGCUGGAGGUUGAUGCAGAAGUCAUGGAACAGAUACUUGCUGCUGCAUGGUUAUCGGACAGGCAUGAAGCAAUAGAGGACUGGGUGAACAAUGUUCUCGGAAGGUGCUUUGCUGAGGCCCGCCAAAGGUAUAGUUUCUUAGUUAGGUCUGUUUUGAAACUUGUUUCCUGUGAGGGGCUCUUAAUGGAAGAGCAAGCAACUGGAAUUCGCCUUCCUGCGCAAAUUAUCCUGAAUUGAUGUGUGUGUAGUUACAGAUGUAUAAUAAGGUUACUUGUAGCAUUUAAUGUCUUGCUUUUCCUGUUAAUCCCAUGGUUUUAUUGGGAUUUUUCAGUUUAUGUUUGUAUAUUGUAUUUAUCACUAUUAGAGAAUGUAUGAAUGCUUAUAGUC